GCACUCUAGGGAGAUAAAAAGAUCACCAGAACCAGUGGUAAGGAGGAAAAUACAGACUAGUAGGAGCGAUCAGCAUCCGGUAGAAAGAAUACCAAGGGGGAUAAAUAAUAGAACUGAUUGGGAUGAAAGGAAAAAAAUUCCUACUUAUAACAGAUUUAAUGCCCUCAACACUCAACACAAAGAGGAGGAUUUUUGUGGAGACUACAUGAAGGGCAG